AUGGCGACCAUCACGCAGACUCUGCCCACCACGGCAAUUGAACUCCCCACUUUGGCCCAGACCUCCAAUGAAGAACGACAGCGUAAUCCAAUUCCUCCCUCAGCACCAGGGUCCAUCGUUCUCGACGAUGUGAUGCAGCAAUCGCUCAUUGCAGAUUCACAAGUCCCCGAUGGAGGUUAUGGCUGGGUUCUCAUUUUUGCUUGUGCCGUCGUGACUUGGUGGUUUGUCGGUGCCUCUUAUACUUGGGGUGUCAUGCAAGCUGAACUUGUUGAUCGGAAGGGCUAUUCAUCUUCGACACUGGCUUUUGUGGGGUCAUUGUGUCCGGCUUGUAUUUCAUUGCUUGCGGUACCGAAUGCGACUGUUAUUCGGAAGAUUGGGGCUCGUGUUACGGCGCUAUUGGGCAUUUUCUUGCUUGGACUGGGGAGUAUCCUGAGUGGGUUUGCGGUGGAUAGUGUCGUGGGACUGUUUAUGACGUGGGGAUUUGUUGGUGGACUCGGUACUAGCCUAUGCUUCAUGGUCGUCUCUGUGACACCAGCUCAAUACUUCAAAGCCAAGCGCGGUAUCGCGAAUGGCAUCGUCUACGCCGGAGGAGGCCUCGGUGGCACCGUCAUUAGCUUCAUCCUCGACACCCUCCUCCAAAGUGUGGGCAUCGCCUGGACCUUCCGCAUCCUCGGCUUCUUGAUCAUGGGCACCGGCCUCCCAGCCGCGUACCUCAUCAAAGAGCGCGCCCCCAUCAAACCCACCAAGAUGGUCGAAUGGAGCCUCUUCAAAGACGUCCGCUUUGCCGUGCUCUUCGCCGUCGGCGCAAUCGGGACAUUCCCCCUCUUCGUGCCAGCCUUCUUCCUCCCGCUGUACACGAACAGUCUGGGUCUACCCUCCAGUGCGGGUGCAGGUCUAGUCGCGGCAUUCAACUUUUCUUCUGCCAUUGGGCGUCUAUCGUGCGGGUUUGCGUGUGAUAAGCUCGGCUCGUUGAAUACGCUUUUCUUGUCGUUGUUGCUGAGUGCGUUGAGUAUCUUCGUGCUUUGGCCUGUGUCUAGCUCCAUUGGACCCUUGGUUGCCUUUGUGGUUAUUAAUGGGUCUGCGAAUGGGGGAUUCUUCUCGACGAUGCCGACUGUUGUUGGGAAUGUGUUUGGUUCGGCGCGAGUGUCUGUUGCGGUGGGUAUGAUUGUUAGCGGGUGGUUGGGUGGCUAUCUUUUGGGUGCACCGAUUGCGGGUUAUAUCCUCAAUGCAUCCGGUGGAAAGGAAGGUGGCGUUGGUGCCUACAGACCGGCUAUUUUCUAUGCUGGCUCGAUGGCAACGGCUGCUACGGUCCUGGCGGCUGUGGUUCGAAUUAAAGUCGAUCGUAGGAUCAAGAAGACUGUAUGA